ACAAAAAAAUAAAUAGGAAAUUGAAGCAAAUUGAGACAGGUCACCAGCAAAAGCAGAGCAGGGAAGGCAGCGGGACCAUAUUUAUAUCUCCAUCGGGUCUUUUAUGGGGACUUGAAAGGGGCCAACUUUGAGGGCCCAGCGAAAGCAGGCAGUUUGAUUCUUUCCAAUUCCCCUCACAUUACCCAAAUAUUUACAAUUUUUUUUUGUUUAUUUUUCAAAAUUUACUUUUGCAGGCAUUUAUUUAAGUUCACUCCCUAAACAGCAAACGAAAAUAAAAGGAAAAAAAAAAAAACCUUCUCAAAGAUUCUGUUCGAGGCAUCCUGUUCGUAAUGGCAACUUACUAGGGCUUAAAAUUUGCUGCAUUUCCAGAUUAAAAACGUGGGAUUUUAAUUAUUUUUAGUUUUAACGGAGAUGGGAAAAUCCCCUGCAAAAUGGAUCAAGACCUUGCUUCUUGGGAAGAAAUCUUCAAAGUCCAAUUUGUCAAAAGGAAGGGAGAAGCUGAAUGCUGCAAAUAAAGGAGAGGUAUUGGUUUCUUCCAGGGUAACUGUGCCUGACCUAUCAUUGGAUCCUCCAUCAAUCUCUGCACCUAUUUUGGUGAGCAGUGCUAGGAAUGUAGUGGAUUCUGAGAAGGGUAUAACCACCCAAUUGCCAAAUGAUGGGGUCAAUAUUCCAUGUUCAAAAGUGGAUGGAAAUGAUGUUGCAGUUAGUAACUUUGGUAACCCAGAAGAUCUUGAUAGGAUUAGGCUCGACCAAGCUGCUGCAAAGGCACAGGCUGCUUUCAGAGGUUAUCUGGCUCGCCGGGCAUUUCGAACCCUUAAGGGCAUUAUAAGGCUGCAAGCACUUAUUCGUGGUCACUUGGUUAGAAGACAAGCUGUUGCUACUUUAUGCUCUACAUGGGGAAUUGUUAAGUUCCAGGCACUAGCUCGUGGUCAAAAGGUCAGAUGUUCAGAUAUUGGCAUUGAAGUGCAGGAAAAACAUCAAAGACUGCUUCAGAGCUCUAAAAGCUUGGAUUCUUUCAGAGCAAGCAUAUCUUCUCAGGUGAAGAAUUUGUCAAGUAAUGCCUUUGUUCAGAAGAUUCUGUUUUCAUCACCUCCUGUACUACCUCUACGACUUCAGUAUGGUCCAGAGGAGCCUAACUCAUCCUGGCACUGGCUUCAACGCUGGACAAGGUCACAUUUUUGGGAAUCCCCUUCACAACCAAUUAGGAGCCUGGCGUUGAAGUAUCAGAAAAAGGGUGGUGAAAAUGGACGAGGAAAAACAAAGCGAAGUGUUCGGAAACUGUCCAAUGCAAAAGUUGAAAAUGGGUCUAGUCGUCCUACUUCAGAGUAUGAAAAACAAAAACGAGGUCCAAGGAGAGUUUCUGGCAACCCAGCAGAUUCAGUUCGGGAGCAUCCUCAAAAUGAGCUUGAGAAGGUUAAACGCAAUUUAAGAAAACUUUCUGACUCUGCAAAGGAGUUUUCAGAUAAGUCCGAGGUUGUUAAUGAGAGAACAAAACAGACUCUAGAGAAAACUUCUAGUUCUGAUGCUCCCGAUGUUUCAGAGCAAGAAUCUGCUGAGAAGAUGAGAGAUGUGACUGCAACACUAUCAAAACUGUCAAAUCUUGAGGCAGGUCCGAAAAUUUCCUCCGAAGAUGCUUCUCUUGAUGAGUCUAAUGUUUGUCCUGCAGUUGACUUGCCACCUGCAGAAAAUAAUGGUAAAAUUGAGAACAUGCCAGUAACAGAGGAGUUAACCUCUAAGGAUGAGCAGGUCAGCAAUGAGAACUCAAAAGCAAACCAAAGGAGAGCUUCUUUCCCUGCAAAAAUUGAUAAUCAAGAAAAUGAUUUAAAUACCACGCCUAAAGUGCCCAGUUAUAUGGCACCAACUGAAUCUGCAAAAGCUAGACUUAAGGGUCAAGGCUCCUCAAGGUUUAUCCGUGAGGUGGUUGAGAAAAAUGGAUUAAACAGGCGAUAUUCUCUGCCAUCUUCAACCAAUAGCAAUCUAAGUUCACUGUCACCACGUGCUCAAAAACUGGGUCAAGUAGCUGGCAAAGGAGCUAUCCGCAGUGACAAAUCUCUAUCAUCCUCUAGAGAUACUAGUGAUAAGGUGGUCAGAGCUGAAUGGAGGAGGUAAUUUUGCACAAGAAAGCAUUUUCAUUGAAGUUCUCGUGGAGUUCAAGCGGAUAUGCAACCUAAUUCAAGUUUUGUUAUAUGUUGUCACUUCUGAUUUGUGGCUGUGGAACCAGGAGAAUUAAUCAUCUAAUCUUUUUUUUGCUUGGUGCAUUUUUAAGUUUCGUUAGGACUUUCAGGAGUGUAGAUCGGUAAAUAUUUAUAGAUGUUACAGUUGCUUAUUUGGUCUCUUUUGGUUUUUCUGUGUUUGUAUAAUUCGUUAGCUCCCGUUUUCACCGAUUUGUAUCCUAGUUCAAACAUGAUAAUCUCUUUCCAUUUAAUAUCAUGACGGAGACUGUGCUGAUCUGCAAAUGUAAUGCUUUUCGAUUUCGUAGAUGUUAAUGUUCCAUCAUAUUGAGUUGAUUCUGUAGGGUUUACUGUAUGCCCAAACCUACUGGUUUGAACACUGUUAGUCUUAUUACUCAUUCUCGACUCAGUACAUUAAUAAAUGUCUUGAGGUCAGAGGAUGUUAUAGCUCCUUGAAUGUGAUCUUAAUCAAAAGAUCACGAGAUGGAACCUGAGUGCCAAGUAUGGAGGCACUUGUGUUCCUUGUCUUGUUGAGGUUGGUGCUUGCUAGGAAAGGUAAAGCUUGACCUCAUUUUGCUAAAAAUCUCCUCCACUUGGGGUAGAAUUCCACAUAUUACGGGAUGCUGUCAGUAUUAUUUGGGGUUUGUUAAAGAAGUUUGAAUGAAUUUGGUAAUUUUAUUUCAUAGUACAGCCACAGGUUGAAAAUUUUGUUGAUAGUUCUUGCUUCCUACUGGCUUUGCC